UCCUACAAGUAUCGUGGCAGAAGUAGGAGACACCACGUGAAUAAUGAAUAGAGUCUUGAAACACCUGUUAUUCUUGUAUUCCUCUAUGAGAAGGCUAUAAAUGCACUCCUGAGCAGGCAGCUCUUACGUACUGCUUACUAAACGGUGGCUAUAAAAGGGGUCGCGUUCCUGCUGCUUCCACAGGUAUCAAGUAUGACGCUACUUUUGUUCCAAAUUGGAAUUGUAUUUACAGCUGUUUUAUACCAAAGUGUGGAAGGAAAGAGAGAUCCAAUCACAUAUUGUGGAGCCUGCAGGGCAAUGGUAGAUGAGCUGCUCUAUGAAAUUAGGAAAGUGAGCCCGAGUAAAACAAUUGACGUAGGGUCAUUCAGGAUAAAUCCAGAUGGGACUCAGGUACAGAAUAAGGUUCCAUUAGUCAAAUCUGAGGUAUAUCUAACAGAGGUUUUAGAAGGAAUAUGUGAGAAGAUGGAUGACUACAGCCUCUACAUAGACCCUGAUACCAAGGAGAAGUCUUUCAAAAGGUUUGCUCCCAGAGAUAACGAUGCGUUCCCUUCAGUCGACUUUAACAAUUUCCAGUUCAAUCCCGGAGAUAGCAAUCCUCUAAAGUAUGCGUGUGAGAGUGUGGUGGAGGAGAAUGAUGAGGAAAUAAUUUCACUUAUUAUCAAAGAUACAGAAAAUUUUGUCGAGAAGCUGUGCAAUGAAGUAGCAGGAUUUUGUAAAGACGUUCCUCACAGUGAAUUAUAAAAGACUCCAAAAUGAAGCUACAAAGAACUGUUUUUUGUUUUGUUUUUUAAUACAUUUUCUAGCCAAGUAACAUGAACUAUGGUGUCUUAUUGCCUCCACCCACUGAUGCUAGUACGGUCAUAUUUUGGACGUGACUUUAUCUACCAGCCAUGACAUAACGGGUUUGAAAAUUGAUAAUUACCUUUUCUGUGGCCCUAAAAAAGCCCCUUCCUUUCUCUUACGCACCUAGUUAGGUUUUUUAUUGUAAUCAUCUAUCAAUAAACUAUAUUUUAAGAAA